AUGUGCAAACAAGCUCUUGCUGACGAAGAAAGCCAACGAAAGCGUCUGGAAGAUGAAGUCUCAAAUUUGAAGAAAGAGAAAGAAGAGGAGUGUUUUCAGCUGAUGAAGCAGUUAGAGUUGAAAAAUGCUGCUUUGAUCAGUGCCCAGAAAGAUAUCAAUGAAUCAGCAUAUCAACUCUUCGAAGAGAAAGUUUUGGACAUGCAAGUUGUUUUCAAAGAACAACUUGCGGAAGCUUAUGAUGCUUUAGACAGGGCUAACAUUGAACUGGAUGAGAGAAUAUGUGAAAUAAGUGAAAUGGAGUUUGAAUUGAGGAUAUGGAAGUCACUUGUUGAACGUUUGAAAAAUGGUCUUGAAGUAAAUCUUGUCAUGCGCAGAGAACUGGAAAAUUCACUCCUUGAUCAAGUACAUUUUAGUGAGAGCCUCAAUCAAGAAAAGUAUAGCUUGAUUUGUAAGUUGGAAGAGAGAGAAAAUGAAAUAGAUUGUCUGCAGCAACAAGUUUUCCUAUAUGAACAAGAACCAAAAGUAAAGGAAACAGAAGCUUCUGCCCCAGGAAGAGGGUUAACAUCCGAGUCCUCUGAAACUGUGGAAGUGAGUUAUCUCCAAAUCAUAGAGGAGAAGAACAAGAUUUUAGAGGAGUUUCAAAAGGAGGUUCUUCGGCUACAACAAGAAUCGUAUAGAAAACAAUUUGAAAGUGCCGUGAUUGCACAAAGAAAUAUGGAAAGAACCAAUGAGGAUGAGGAAGGGACUCAUAACCAGAUUAUUGAGGGAAACUAUAGUAGAACAGAUGAGAUCAUGCAGCAGGUGACUUCACUGGAACAGAAGUUCACUAGCAUCUUGACCUCCAUUUCUUCACAGCUUUUUGAGAAACAGGCUGAAAUUAUUCAUGUCAAAGAAGCUUGCAAUAUGAUCACAGCAGCUGAGGUUCUAGCAGCUAUUGAAAUUGAAGAGAAGAAAUUGAUGAUAGAGGAACUUGAGGAUGAUAUAUAUGAUUUAGAGCAGAAACUGAAAUUGCAAGAGAUAAACAUGAAGCAAUCAGAACAGCUUGCAUUGGAUGUUGAAGAGGAAAUGAAUGCAAAACAGGUCAAAGCGAAGGAGUUGGUUGAUGAAAUGGAGAAGAAGCUAAGAGACUCAGAUGCUUUUCUUCAAAAGGUUAAGAUAGACAAUAGAAGUUUGCUUGAAAGUGCUACAAGAUUGUCAUCAUCAGAAAGGGAAAACUUGAUUAGUUUUGUUCAGGGAUUAGAUGAUAAAAUGUAUGAGUGCACUACUGCAGACACUCAACUAAUGGAUAGAUUGAGAAGAUUAGUGCAAUGUUUUGAGAAUGAUUAUCAAGGAAUGAAUUUGAAAAAGGAUGAUGAAUUGGUUGUGAAAGAGAAUAUGAUGAUGCAUUCUUCAACGGGGUUAAAGAAAUCUGAAACCUUUUCUGAGCUAAGAUCACCAUUUAAGUUGCUCAAUGUUUAG